GUCACUUAAGAUAUUCUCAACAGAAGCUACCACUGGAGUGAAAAUGUUGUUCCAACUAGUAGUACUAACAGCUUUUGUGCAAUUAAUCGCAGCGGCUCCCGCGGAUAACCAGCGCAUCAUCAAUGGUACAGACGCUACUAUUAAGGAGUUUCCAUUCAUGCUCUCGCUGAGAAGCUCUGGUGGGGGUCAUAGCUGUGGAGGCAGCAUACUGUCGGAGUACUGGAUCAUGACAGCCGCUCAUUGUGUAAACACUCUCACCACCCCUAGUCUACAAUCGAUCCAAGUUGGCCGGACGAACAUUAGCAGAGUAGCCGAUGAAUCGGUGUUCAGGAUAGAACUUGUUAUUCCGCAUCCAGAUUACACUCCGUCGAACAGUUACGUGAACGAUAUAGCCUUGUGUAAGCUGGCAAGCCCCCUUGAGUUUAGUGAAUCAGUUCAACCUGUCACACUUCCGAAGCCGUGUUAUGAGGUUGACGAAUCGGACCCCAAAGUUACCUUAAUAGGGUGGGGCUUGAACGAUGAUGGUGUUGUUCCCCCUACAUUGCAAAAGGUUGACUACUAUGCAGUUCCAAACGAGCAGUGCAACGAGAUUCACAGUAGCACAAUCUAUCCGAGCCAAAUUUGUGCCGCUGAGCCUGGCGGUGGUAAGGGACAGUGCAGUGGAGAUUCCGGUGGUCCGUUGCUGCACGAUAAUGUACAAGUUGGGAUUGUCUCCUGGAGUAUAAAACCUUGCACAAUUGCACCAUAUCCAGGAGUAUUGACCAAAGUGUCCCACUUCAUCGAUUUUAUUUAUGAGAACACCGAUUUAGAACAUACAGGAGAGCCAAUCGAACAGUGCUCGUAGAAUAAUGAUGAUUGUUGUUGUUUGUGUUUGUUAUGCUUGAUUCCUGUCAAAACUGGUUAAUUAGUGUAUAAUUAGUAUAAAAAUAUGGUCACAUGGUUAAUGUUCGAAACUACGUAUGAUCUAAAAAUCGUUCUAUUUAGUGAAAUUUUUAAUUAAAUUAUAAGAAGAAUUUCGAAAAAAAUUGAUUUAUUU